AUGGCGACUAGCCAAAAGGUACAAGCUCUGAGACACUCCACCUUCUCUACACCCCUUAAGAGCGUCCGACACCUCUCAUCACGCUCGCCACCAUCAUCUGCAGCUCCAGCCCUCAUCGAAGUCGAAAACAAAUUUCGCCCCAGCGGAUACCUCAAAGAACUCCUCGGCUUAGCGCCUCCCACUCGUCCUACGAUCUCCUCACUGCUCCUCGGCCCAAAGAUCUACCCCUCUCUAUCAUUCGAAGCUCAGACAGGCAAGCUCAUCAAAGACCAGUACUACGACUCGAACAACAAGCUCUCAUCGCAAGGAAUCUGGUUACGGUACCGUAUGUCCAGAUCCGUGACAGAGAAAGUCACGGAUAUGAAUUGGCGGGACCUCCCUCCGACGGACGAUCCGUCGGCGUUUGCGCGGUGGGAGGCGAAGGUCAAGAUCAGUGGUGAUUAUCAGGACUCGGCGUUCACGGAGGUGGAGGGAGGAGCUGCAGUUUUCGGCAUGCUACCGUCUCGGCGCGACUUCGAUUUUGAGAAGCUUAAUAUGGUGGCUUGGCUCAAUACUUACCGUUCCAGCUGGCGCAUCGCGAGCAAGCUCCUAUCGCAGCAGCAACACGUCGACAUCCCUUCCCAUCCUACCACUGACGAGUCCUUCAUCGUGGUCAUCGACAACAUCGAGCAAGGUCUAAGCCAUCUCUCCGACAAAGGUGCCGGCCGUCCCGACGCUUUUCAUCAUGAAAUCGGCGAGAUCGAACUCACGGCUUCUUUGUCUACGGCUGGUUUGAGUGAUGGGGAGAUCGUGGAGGCAGAGGCUGGAAGGGCUGGGGAGAUGAGGAUGAGGAUUAAGGCGCUCAUGAUGAGGUAUCCGGCUUCGUUCCCGCCGGGUGAUGAGAAGGUCGAUGGGAAGCUUAGUGCUUAUUUGGCUUGGAGGAGGAAGGAAAGACUGGGUGGUUGUUUUGGAGAGGUCUGA